AUGGACGACGCUUCGAUGGAAAAUCUCUCUCUGCCGGGAGCCUUCAACAGCUCCCCUACAGAGCAAAUGGAUAUCACCUCCAGCGACGACGUCACCCGCAAUCAUCCAGGACCGUCCCAGACUCCCCAAUCCCCUACAGAGCAAAUGGAUAUCACCUCCAGCGACGACGACGCCCGCAAUCAUCCAGGACCGUCCCAGACUCCCCAAUUACAGUCCCAGAUUCUCAAACCACAAGAAUCGGGCAAGCGAAAAAGGAGUGAUCAUGAAGAGAUAUCGUCGAGAAAGUUAAUUGCAGUCGAGCCUGAGUAUCUUCAAGAACUCGAGUUCGCGGUUGAUGAGUUGACUAAGAAGCUCAAAUCGAAGGAUAAAGAAAUAAAGCGCCUUCAGAGCAUAGAGCCGAGCGUCAACGAUUUGAAAGAUGCUGAAAUUCGACACCUUCGCGUUGUAGAGCAAAAGGUUGAGACUUUGAUUAUUGGAAAGAUAUAUAUAUCCAAAGAGAAAUCGGCGUCUGAUGGGGCAUAUAAGACCUUACAAUCCCAAUUCGAAGACUAUAAACGAGUACGUUUCCCAGGCUUCAUGUUAUCGUACCUGCGUUUAAGCAUCGAACAGGACGUGGAUCGCCAACAUAAAGAAGCAUCCCGUGCUAAAGAGCACGAAAUGUCUGAGCUGGAAGCAAAGUUCAAACAACAAAUCGAAGAACUCCAAAUUCAUCAUGACCGUACGGUGGAGGAAUUAAACAAAAAGGUUGAAUCCCAGUCUCUUCAGAUUUCAUCUCUGGUGGAAGACAGUCUUGAAGAAUCAGAAACUGCGAAAAUAUUGCUAAAUGAACCCGAUGGAGAGGGGUCCAAUAUCUUGGAAGAGGACAUGUCCCAUAUCAAGGAGCUCGAGGAUUUGAAUAUGGCGUUUACGGAGCGAAUAACUGCUUAUGAGGCUCAGAUAGCGAAGCUCAAUGCUGAUUUGGAGGAGCAGAAGGCGGAGUCGUCAAAGCUAACGCGUGCUGUUCAGGAGCUUGAGGGACAGUCUGUCGAUGGUAUCAGCAAGCAGGAGCGUAUCACGGAACUUGAAGCUCUUGUGAGGGCGAAGACGACCGAACUUGAAGAGUUGAAGCACUCUACCUCUCACGCCCAAGACCUUGAAAAUCGCAUCAACGAACUACAGGCUCGUCUUGGGGAGUUCGAAAGAGAACGGGAGGGACAGUCUAUUGAUGGUAUCAGCAAGCAGGAGCGUAUCACGGAACUUGAAGCUCUUGUGAGGGCGAAGACGACCGAACUUGAAGAGUUGAAGCACUCUACCUCUCACGCCCAAGACCUUGAAAAUCGCAUCAACGAACUACAGGGUUCUCUCCAGGAGUCUGACAGCGAAAGGGAGAAAUUGAUUCAAGCACAACAAGUAUCAAGCCAUCGCGAGAAUGUUUUAGCUUCAGAACUCCAAACUGUGCGCGAAAAGCGCAGUGAGCAAAUUAAAACGCUUACUGCCCAAGUGCGACUCCUCGAAAACGAAUUGUCCGGAAAUCAAACUGCACUUAAAGAUCAAGGUCAGGAGCUGGAGAGACUGCGCGCGGCGUCUACCCAGCGUAGGACCGCUGACGAGGCUGAGAUAGCGAAGCUCAAUGCUGAUUUGAAGGCGCUCAAGGAUUCGCAACAGUCAUCCGCUGAUCGUGGUGCCUUGGACGCCGACCACAUUCAAAAGCUUGAAGCUCAGUUGACGGCACAGACAAAUAGGGUUCAACAGCUCGAGAUAAUGAACGCAGCCUCUAUCGAGAAUGCGUCUGCUUACGAGACUCGUGUAAAACAACUUGAGUCUGAUUUGGAGGCGCAGAAGGCGGAGUCGUCAAAGCUGACGCGUGCUGUUCAGGAGCUUGAGGGACAGUCUGUCGAUGGUAUCAGCAAGCAGGAGCGUAUCACGGAACUUGAAGCUCUUGUGAGGGCGAAGACGACCGAACUUGAAGAGUUGAAGCACUCUACCUCUCACGCCCAAGACCUUGAAAAUCGCAUCAACGAACUACAGGGUUGUCUCCAGGAGUCUGACAGCGAAAGGGAGAAAUUGAUUCAAGCACAACAAGUAUCAAGCCAUCGCGAGAAUGUUUUGGCUUCAGAACUCCAAACUAUGCGCGAAAAGCGCAGUGAGCAAAUUAAAACGCUUACUGCCCAAGUGCGACUCCUCGAAAACGAAUUGUCCGGAAAUCAAACUGCACUUAAAGAUCAAGGUCAGGAGCUGGAGAGACUGCGCGCGGCGUCUACCCAGCGUAGGACCGCUGACGAGGCUGAGAUAGCGAAGCUCAAUGCUGAUUUGAAGGCGCUCAAGGAUUCGCAACAGUCAUCCGCUGAUCGUGGUGCCUUGGACGCCGACCACAUUCAAAAGCUUGAAGCUCAGUUGACGGCACAGACAAAUAGGGUUCAACAGCUCGAGAUAAUGAACGCAGCCUCUAUCGAGAAUGCGUCUGCUUACGAGACUCGUGUAAAACAACUUGAGUCUGAUUUGGAGGCGCAGAAGGCGGAGUCGUCAAAGCUGACGCGUGCUGUUCAGGAGCUUGAGGGACAGUCUGUCGAUGGUAUCAGCAAGCAGGAGCGUAUCACGGAACUUGAAGCUCUUGUGAGGGCGAAGACGACCGAACUUGAAGAGUUGAAGCACUCUACCUCUCACGCCCAAGACCUUGAAAAUCGCAUCAACGAACUACAGGGUUGUCUCCAGGAGUCUGACAGCGAAAGGGAGAAAUUGAUUCAAGCACAACAAGUAUCAAGCCAUCGCGAGAAUGUUUUGGCUUCAGAACUCCAAACUAUGCGCGAAAAGCGCAGUGAGCAAAUUAAAACGCUUACUGCCCAAGUGCGACUCCUCGAAAACGAAUUGUCCGGAAAUCAAACUGCACUUAAAGAUCAAGGUCAGGAGCUGGAGAGACUGCGCGCGGCGUCUACCCAGCGUAGGACCGCUGACGAGGCUGAGAUAGCGAAGCUCAAUGCUGAUUUGAAGGCGCUCAAGGAUUCGCAACAGUCAUCCGCUGAUCGUGGUGCCUUGGACGCCGACCACAUUCAAAAGCUUGAAGCUCAGUUGACGGCACAGACAAAUAGGGUUCAACAGCUCGAGAUAAUGAACGCAGCCUCUAUCGAGAAUGCGUCUGCUUACGAGACUCGUGUAAAACAACUUGAGUCUGAUUUGGAGGCGCAGAAGGCGGAGUCGUCAAAGCUGACGCGUGCUGUUCAGGAGCUUGAGGGACAGUCUGUCGAUGGUAUCAGCAAGCAGGAGCGUAUCACGGAACUUGAAGCUCUUGUGAGGGCGAAGACGACCGAACUUGAAGAGUUGAAGCACUCUACCUCUCACGCCCAAGACCUUGAAAAUCGCAUCAACGAACUACAGGCUCGUCUUGGGGAGUUCGAAAGAGAACGGGAGGGACAGUCUAUUGAUGGUAUCAGCAAGCAGGAGCGUAUCACGGAACUUGAAGCUCUUGUGAGGGCGAAGACGACCGAACUUGAAGAGUUGAAGCAUUCUACCUCUCACGCCCAAGACCUUGAAAAUCGCAUCAACGAACUACAGGCUCGUCUCCAGGAGUCUGACAGCGAAAGGGAGAAAUUGAUUCAAGCACAACAAGUAUCAAGCCAUCGCGAGAAUGUUUUAGCUUCAGAACUCCAAACUGUGCGCGAAAAGCGCAGUGAGCAAAUUAAAACGCUUACUGCCCAAGUGCGACUCCUCGAAAACGAAUUGUCCGGAAAUCAAACUGCACUUAAAGAUCAAGGUCAGGAGCUGGAGAGACUGCGCGCGGCGUCUACCCAGCGUAGGACCGCUGACGAGGCUGAGAUAGCGAAGCUCAAUGCUGAUUUGAAGGAUCAGAAGGCGGAGUCGUCAAGGCUAACGCGUGCUGUUCAGGAGCUUGAGGGACAGUUAACUGAUGGUAUCGACAGAGAGAACCGUAUCGUUCAACUCAACAACGAUCUAGACGCGAAGACUGCAGAACUGAAGAAGUCCAGGGAGGAGUCAACCUCUCAUGCCCAGCAACUUGAAAAUCGCAUUGGUGACUUACAGGCUCGUCUCCAGGAGUCUGACAGCAAAAGGGAGAAAUUGAUUCAAGCACAACAAUUAUCAAGCCAUCGCGAGAAUGUUUUCGCUUCAGAACUCCAAACUGUGCGUGAAAAGCGCAGUGAGCAAAUUAAAACGCUUAACGCACGAGUUCGAGACCUCGAAAAGGAGUUGGAACAAGCCGCGACCAACUCUCGCGAUUCACUUAGUAAAGAACGGGAGCGAUACCAACAGAUGUCCGUUGAGUUUCAAAAACAACAAGCAGCGCUAUCUCAAACAACUGAAGAUCUCAGUACUGUCAAGGCCGCUCUUGAAAAAGAAUUUGAGGACCAUGGUAAUACCAAGUCACUGUUGGAGCUUUUACAAAGCGACCUUGUGGACUCUCAAAAAGCCAUCUCAAUUCUUAACAGUCAAUUAGAGGCCACCAUGGCUGACCACAUCGAAUUUGGAGAGGAAGCGCAAGAUUCGGACUCGGCGAUGGACCCGGAUGCACCAGAAAGUACUCCGUCGGCGACUGGAAAAUCUCAAAAAGCGGCGGGCAAACGUCGUCAAAUGUCGAUGAUGCCGGAUACCACCCUAUAUACGCUUAUGAACCAUAGGAACGGCGACCUGCAGGUAAAUAUGGAGCCAGAAAAUUCAGCAGAACGACCCACCUUUUCAAAUUUUUUUAACCAAACGGAAUUUACUCCCACUCUCUCUACCUCUGCGAACCGUUCUUCGCCCGUCCGAGACGGUGACCUGGCCUCUUCUUCCAAUCCAGGGCCAUCAAUACCCAACAGAUUUUCAAAGCCGGGUCACUAUCGAAGAGGUAGAGCUACACAUCAAUCUCCACCUCCACCUUCCAGUGCUAUACCCAGAUCUGGUCGAGACGAUGUGCGAGGAGUCGAGGCUUCGACAGCCUUCCAUGCAGAUACUCCGGCAACGGUCGCUGACCCCUCUGUGGUUCCACCUCACUCUGUAUUCUCUUCGACGCCUCCUGUCACUCCUGUUCCUCCUGUUGCCUCAGUAUCUGCUGCUGAACGUGCUUUUCAAGAAAGAAUAUUGAAUACGCUAAGCACUCUGUCGAGUGAUGUGAGAGGCGUCGUUUCGGACGUGCAAGAACUUCGGUCUAAUGCAAAUACACAACCUGCAACCCCUCGUAGGAGGAUUCCAAACAGGAAACCUUACUCUCCUUACAAGCAAGCUGGUCCUAAUGCCAGCCGGCAGUUACAACAAUAUCUCCUCGGAAUAUCCGAAGAUGACGACAUCUUCAUAAUGGAUUCCAUUCACAUUGCAUCACCAGCCGAAGUAGAUAAGUUCGAGAAUUCGCUACGAGACCCCCCACCAUUGGAACCUCUUCAACUUCACUUCGACCAAGUGAAAGUGAAAUGGAACGCUUAUCUUGCGGACCUCUUUGCUGAACAGUUCUUGCGAUUACACAGCAAUCUUAAUGCUACUGCCGAUCAAAUCAAGGAACACUUCAUGGCAAGAGUGCAAAUGUUUCGUGAGAAAUUGAUUUCCAUCGUUCCAAGGCCAGGAGAAACCAGCGAACAAUGUUUCGAUCGCGUAAGGGAGGAACGUCUAAAUGCCAAUCGCAGGAAGCGGCGCCGCACUAGGCAACGUAAUAAGUUGUAUGUGGACCGUUAUAGUAACUGCAUAGAUGCCGGUCGUCAUGAUAUUGCAGAUGUCGUCUUGACACUUGGCGAAGAUGGAAUGAGCGAAGACGAAACAGACGGAGAAGAUUCCACAGUCGUCCUUUUGACGCAAUGGCGCAACCCAAAGCUCCUGACUCCAUUAAAGAUCGCUGAUAGCCUGCGACCGGCUACAAGCGUCAAUGGAACCAGACGACCAGGUAGCCGACCCCUUAAACGCAGAAGACUACAAUCCGCACGGGAAGGUUAUCAACCAGCUCCAGAUCAGCGUCCAGAAAAUUAUUACUAUUCUUCUUGGCGGGCCUGCUUAUCUCGUUAUGAUAUAGCGCUCUUGAAAAUGAAAGAUGCAAAACCAUUUUUCGGGGAGUAG